AUGCAAACGUUCGAGCGCUCCGACAUCUCGUGCGAGGGCCAAACGGAGAGUGGGUCCGACACCGCUGUCUUCAUGAUGGAACCUGGUGCCACCCUCAAGAACGCCAUAAUCGGCAAGAACCAAAUGGAAGGUGUCCACUGUGAUAAGCACGACUGCACCAUUGACAAUGUAUGGUGGGAUGAUGUGUGCGAGGACGCCCUCAGCAUCAAGGGCGGUACCGCCUCCAGUGUGUCCAAGGUCAUUGGCGGUGGCGCCCGCUCUGCCGAUGACAAGGUGAUCCAGCACAACGGAUACGGCACCGUCGAGAUCGACGGUUUCUAUGGUGAAGAUAUCCGCAAGCUCUACCGUUCGUGUGGCACUUGUGGUGACAGACCGAAGAAGGUGUCAGUGUCCAAUGUGUACAUCGUGAACCCGGGCAACGCCGUCGUGACGGUGAACAAGAACUGGGGUGAUGAGGCCACACUGAGUAACAUUUGGGUCAAGUCCAGCGGAAAGAAGAAGGUGAAGAUCUUACUCCGAGAGUGA